AUGGCCACCGCCUGCGAAGUCGUGCAGCCCUCCCCGGGGCUAUUCCUUGAUACGAGGCGUCGAGAGGAACCAUUCCUGUGGGACAUUAGUAACUCCCCCGAGCUGCUCGACCUGAGAACAUGUAUUCUUUCAGGGCUGUCGCAAACAGCCAAAGCGAUUCCGUCUUUACUUCUAUGGGACGAGCAGGGGCUCCGCAACUUCAAUGAGUGGGCCGACAGCCCCCAUUACUAUCUCAAAUCGAAGGAGAUGGAGAUUUUCGAGACGUGGAGAGACCAGAUGGCCAAUGCCCUACCACACAGGUCUGCAUUGGUGGAGCUAGGGUGCGGGAACCUGCACAAAACCUCCAUCAUUCUGUCGGCCCUCGCCAGACAAGGGAAGCAAGUCUGGUACUACGCCCUGGACGUCUCAAAAUCCGCGUUGCGCCAGAGUUUGCAGUUCUUGCAUGAAGAAUUCAUGUACUGCCCCAAUGUCAGGAUCGCCGGACUAAUUGGCACAUACGACGACUGCGUGGACUGGGUCGCUCACAACACUUCCACUCUCCACGGACUCCCUGCCACCUUUCUCUGGGUCGGAAAUAGCAUGCCGAACCUUUCCAAGACCGAAGCCAGCGAUCUCAUGAACAACUUCCGCCGAGCUUGCGGCGUGGCAGGAAUUAGCUGUCGCUUUCUAGUGUCCGCAGACGCUUGUGCCGAUGAGAGUAGAUUGCUCAAGGCGUAUGACCCGGAGGCUGGGACAUCCCGUACCUUCCUCCGCCACGGUCUUCAUCGUGCCAAAACGCUGCUGGGGACAGACUCGUUCGAGGAGGAGGUCUGGAACUGCACCGUCGAGUACGAUCGGAAAGAGAAUGAGAUCCUAGCCUUCUAUUCGCCAAGGGUGGAUGUCAUACUCGCCGUCGACCUGACCGUGCAUAAAGGGGACAAGAUAUUCUUCUUCCGCAGUGGGAAAUGGAAUGAAAGCCAGAUGGAGACCAUUGCACACCAGGCGGGCGGAUUCCAGGUUUCGCACGUAUGGAGAGAUUCGAAUGAGGAGUAUGGAUUUUAUCUUCUCUCAUCCUAA